AUGGCGGUACAAAAGCUCAAGAUUGCCUGCGCUGGCCUUGGUCGUAUGGGCAAACGCCAUGCUCUCCAUUUCCUUGAGCGAACUCCAAGAGCAGAGUUGGUAGCAGCAAGCACACCAGACGAUAAUGAGAUACAAUGGGCAAAGCAGCAUCUGGAACCGUUCGGAGUUCGACUAUACAAAGAUUACGAUGAGAUGCUGAAGCACGAGGGUUUGCAAGCUGUCGUCAUUGCAUCUGUGACUACUGUCCACGCCGAACAAGCCAUCAAAGCGAUUGAUGCCAAUCUACACGUGCUGUGUGAGAAGCCACUUUCUACUUCUGUUGAAGUGUCACAAUCUGUCGUAGAUGCAGCAAGAAAGAAGCCCCACCUGAAAGUAAUGUGCGGAUUCUCCCGGCGCUUCGACAACUCCUAUCGUGACGCUUUCGACAAAAUGGAGUCGGGACUCAUCGGACGGCCGUCUAUCUUCCGUUCCCAAACCUGUGACAAGCUCGACCCCUCCGGCUUCUUCGUCGCGUAUGCCGAAUUCUCAGGCGGGAUUUUCGUCGAUUGCUCCAUCCAUGAUAUCGAUUUAGCGCUCUGGUUCUUUGGGCAGGAUUCGCAGGUUAAGAGCGUGGUGAGUUCAGGAAUCACGGCCCUGCAGCCAGAGUUGCGGAAGCAUAACGAUAGGGAUAAUGCAGUCGGGAUCGUGGAGUUUUAUGGUGGGCAGGUUGCGUAUCUUUUUUGUAGUAGGAUGAUGGCUGCUGGGCAGGACGACGCCACCGAGAUUAUUGGGACCGAGGGGAAGCUCACCGUUAAUGCUCAGCCGAUGGCCAAUUUGGUAAAUAUUUAUGAGUCGACGGGCAUCAGGAGGGAGAUUCCUCCUCACUAUUAUGGGCGGUUUGAGCAGGCAUUUGUCAAUGAGGCAAACGAGUUCACGGCAUGUUGCUUGGAUGAUCUGAAGUUGCCGAUGAAGUUGACUGGGGCGGUGCAGGCCGUUAAGAUUGGGUGUGCGCUGCAAGAGUCACUGAUCUCGGGGAAGAAAAUCUAUUUCGAUGAGAUGGGCAACAGGAGCGAGAAGGCUUUACUUUGA